AUGCUCGAUUGUGCAUUCGCAGCUUUUCUCUUCCACUCCUCCCCCCCUCGUUCGCUCGUAGCCCGUCGCCAUGCUGCCAUGGACGCGCGAUGCUCGCUCAAGGAGGCCGUGGUCAUCACAGGAGGGACUAGCGGCAUAGGGCGCGCCAUAGCCCAGUCCCUCGCGGCAUCGACCGACUUCAAGGUGAUAGUGACAGGAAGGCAGCAGCAGCAGCAGCAGCAGCAGCAGCAGCAGGGGCAAGAAGAGGAGUCGCGCGUCACUUUCGUUCCCCUUGACUUGUCAGACCUCAACAGCGUCCGACAGUCGCAGGAGCUGCUGUUGCAGGAGCUGGAGGGCUGUCUCCUCACCCGCCUCGUCCUGUGCGCGGGCGUCUUCUUCGCUCCUCAGCUGAAGACCAAGGACGGCUUCGAGUCGCACUUUCAGGUGAACCAUCUCUCGCAGCAGCUCCUAUUCUCCAUGCUCGAGCCCGAGCUGCGCAAGUCGGCGGCCAUGGGCGGCGCCGACUCCCGCGUCCUGUUCCUUGCCUGCGGCUCCUCCCUCUUCGGGCAGGUGGACAUGGCGGACUGGGCGAAGCCCGAGGAGGCGGUGGGAGUACGAGGGGUCAGCGAGCGGCUGAGGAGAUCGUGUUCCUCCAAGUUGUGCAACCUGCUAGGGAUGCGGCAGAUCGCGAGGCAGUACCGAGAGCAAGGGAUCGUAGCCAACGCCAUCGACCCUGGCCUCACUUCCACCCGCCACUACCAGCACUUCCUCCCGCCUCUCCUCCAAAGGCUCCUCCUGGGGAACGCGCGGGUAGCGGCCAUCCUGGGGAGGAUCUUUCAGGUCAGGAGCGCAGAGCGAGCGGCAGCUGGUGCAGUCUGGCUGCUGACGACGGAGGAGGUGGAGGGGAUCACCGGGGAAUAUUUCGUACAGGAUCCCCUCGGGAUGAGGAACCCCCGGUACCUUACGCAGCUUCCAGAGCAUGUGCAGGACGAGGAGAUGGCAGCGGAGCUCUGGAGGUUUUGUGAACGCUGUGUCGAAGAGAGGAGGUGA